CCUGGUGGCUUCAACCCCCUCCCAGCCUGGUGCCCCCAGCCCCCUCUGCCCAUCCCUUUCUUUUCUCAGGCACCAAGGGUCAGGACACCCUGUGUCAGAACUGCCCCCCAGGGACCUUCUCUCCCAAUGGGACCCUGGAGGGAUGUCAGCACCGGACCAAGUGCAGCAGCUGGCUGGAGACCGAGGCGGGACCUGGGACCAGCAGCUCCCCCGGGGCGUGGCUUGCCACUGUCAUCCUCAUCCUCAUCGUCAUCGUUGUCCUCACACCGGGCCUAAUCAUAUGGAAGAAAAGAAGAAGGAAGCGAAGGGGCAACUUCCGGCUGAAUGCCUCCCUCCAGGAGGCAGGUGAGGAACAGUCAGUCGCCGAGGCCCUGCAGACUCCUCCACACGUCACCACGGUGGCCGAGGAGGAGACAACACCCACAUCCACGGGGGAGAGCCCAAACCACUGACCAAAAGACUGCACGCCCGAUGCCAGAGAGACCUGGAGCGGCAGCUGCUGAGAGGCCGUGCCCGGCAGGACUGCAGGCGCCAGAGGAGCUCGGGGCUCUGCCGGGCUGAUUCCCACCUCCUCCGCGGAGGGAGAGGUGGGCCCCUGCUGGGGUGGGGGUGCCACGUGCCCUCCCCAUGGCCCAGUGAGCGCCUGGACCCUCCAUUCUGCUGCUGCCUGAGCUCCCCAGAGCCCUGAGGAACAGUCCUUGUUCUCGGCCCGCACGCCCAGCCCUCCUGGCCGGCCCAGAGGGUGCUCCAGACCCCAGCUGCCCGCCGGUGUGAACCCUUAGCAGGGCAGGCCCUGGCACUGCCUCACAACCAAGGCUCGACUGGUUGGCCACGUGCGUGGCAUUAAGUGGCUAUCACAGUCGAAGCGAUUUUCUAAGCUUGGGCUCGGCUCCUGUUAUUUGUGUGAAACUGUAUUUGGGGAGGUCCUGUGGCUGUGGGAGGGUGAAAUAUCUUGUUUCUCCUCAAACUUU